UUCCCGGCAUGCGUCAGAGGACAGCUUCCGGCACCCUCUUUUCCCAGCAUUCUUUGUUUACUUCCGAGUUUAUGAAUACUAAAGGGAGAGCGCUUUCGUCUCCGCCAUGGCUGAGCUGAUCCAGAAGAAGCUACAGGGAGAAGUGGAGAAAUAUCAACAGCUACAGAAGGACUUGAGUAAAUCCAUGUCAGGGCGGCAGAAGCUUGAAGCACAACUAACAGAAAAUAAUAUCGUGAAGGAGGAACUGGCCCUGCUGGAUGGGUCCAACGUGGUCUUUAAACUUCUGGGCCCCGUGCUGGUCAAACAGGAGCUAGGGGAAGCUCGGGCCACAGUGGGGAAGAGACUGGACUAUAUCACAGCUGAAAUUAAGCGUUAUGAAUCCCAGCUCCGGGACCUCGAGCGGCAAUCAGAACAACAGAGGGAGACCCUUGCUCAGCUGCAGCAGGAGUUCCAGCGGGCCCAGGCAGCAAAGGCAGGGGCUUCUGGGAAGGCUUGACCCCGUAGGGGUGGGGCAGGGGAGGGGGAGGAGGAAAUGAGGCAGCUCUAGGGUCUAUACUGUAGCUAAUAAAAUGUGAAAACACCUGGCCGUUUUCUAAC